AUGCCUGGGGCAGCCAGAUCAACUGGCCGGUCGGCCCCCUAUGGCCAAGCUUGCUUAGGCUGCUUCAAAAACAAAUCUAAGUGUAUCCCCCGCGUUGAAGGCGGUGGUUGUGAAAGAUGUUAUCGUCUCAAGCGCCCGUGCAAUUCCGCCGAUACCUUACGCCGUCGCAACGAUAAGAAGCCAAAUCCAACAGAUGUCCGCGUCGCCAAACUUGAGGGCGCAAUCGAACAGUUGGUAUCGUUGAUUCAAGCAGGCAAUUCGAUUGUUGAUGUUGGGGGCAUCGUGAGCAACCUUUAUCCUGAUGCUACCCAGAGCGACCGUGCCGAAAUAAUGUCACCACGACAAGAAGAUCUACAGCACAAUCAAUAUCAGAACCAACAACAGCACCAGCUCCAACAAUCACCGUCGCAAUUGCAGCAUCCAGAAAAUCAACAGAGUCAACAAGAGCUACAGCAAACCCAAUAUUAUAAUCAAGAACAGCCUCAACUCCAACACCAACAGUCACCACCCCAUGUGGUUCAGUUUCAGAACAUGGUCGGUGCGACUGACGAUACUAUGGGCACUAUGGAGAAUUCGAACGCCGAUCUUAUGGAAGCAGACGACCACAAUUACCACACAAACACAGGCAUAAACACAAACAACAUAAACACAAGCAAAAUCCCUUCUUCAGCGUCCUGGUGGUUGAUGCACGAUACAACCAUUUUUAAUUCGAAUUCUAUCGCUCUUGCAACUCCCCCCUCCUCGACAAUAUCCGACCCGUUGAUGUCGCCGUCGGUAUUCCCAUCUACCGCAUCCAUCUGUCUAGACAACUUCCGAUCGAACAUGCUGCACCACUUCCCUUUUAUUCAUUUGUCCACCCAUCUCACAGCCCACCAGCUCUCUCUAGAUCGCCCUCUUUUGUUCCGCGCCAUAGUUUGUGUGACGUCGGCAUCAAUUCAAGAAAAGAAGGCACGGUCGUUUGAGCUGAAACGCAUGCUCUCGGAAGCAAUGUUCUUUCAACAAUUAUCACUGCAGGAACAGUCACAACCCCGGUACCAGACAGUUGAUAUACUCUUAGCUCUGCUUGUGUAUAUUGCAUGGGGCUGGGAGCACUUGCAGAGCCGUAGCACCUUGUCUCGACUCAUGGGAAUGGCUAUAUUAUUAGUUGGAGAACUACAAUUUCUAGACCACGAGUUUCCAGAAACAACACGAACAAUUCUUCAACUCGAACCCAAAGGUGGACUUACAGAUGCGUAUGGCAACACAACGGCGAAUACGACACACGACACCUAUCUUUACUUCGAACGUCAACGAGCCAUUCUGGGCUGCUUUGCCAUUGGCUCGGCUGUCUCAGCUUACUUCCCCGAGCUCGAUGCUUUGCGGUGGAUCCCUCAAAUGGACAAAGGUCUCUCUGCUCUUAUUGUCCAUGGUGCUGAAUGUCCAUCUGAUGCUGCACUGACUACACAAGUGCGCCUACAAUUACUCACCAUGAAGGCUGCACAAGUUCGGGAGCGAGCGCAACUUCCGGAUCAUCCUCCCCCAGAGAGCCUUUCACUUCAAGACCUUCUAUACAUUAAGGGACUUAUGGGGCAGUUACAAGAGCUCCGAGCAUCCAUUCCUCCAGAAUUUCAACAGCACUUUGUCCUACUCGCACAAACAUAUUACACAGAAAUGUGCAUUAUCCAAACUAUUCACACUCAAGAGUCUACUCGUCCCCAACCGCCAACAUGUGGACCCACCCGCCAGUCCUGCUUUAUCCAGGCUGCACUAGCGAUCAAGUCAUGCACAUCAACCUUUCUCACCCUCUCCCCAUCGGGGCUCCUCGGAGUUUCUUUCAUUCAGUGGGCUCAACAAGCACGCUGUAUAGCGACUCUGUAUCAACUCGGCAAACAUCAAGAGUCAGGCUGGGAUCCCGCCACUCUGUGCAAGCUAGCUGAUCUAUCCGAUGUGCUUUCAAACAUGAUUAACAAGCUAGAGCUCGCCGCUCUGGAAGCUGGAGAGCAGCCGGGUUCAGCUGACGGAACCUUCACCCAAUUAGCCCGCGGUUUCCGCAUGUUUGGACAACAAGAAGACACGCGAACACCUGAGGAAAUGAACAAUAUGAGACAACAGUCACAAUCAAACAUAGACAUUCUUCCAGCUACGGCUCCAGCGGUAACAGCGGCUGGUACAGAAGUUUCAGCAUAUGGCCAACAGACAAAUUACUUUAUCAGUCCUACAACAUGGUUUGACCAGUUCUUGAUCGACUAUCAAGAUCAGACAAUACCCUCUAUAUAG